AUGGACCUGCCGUGGCCGGAUCUGCUACUACCAUGCUCGCCGUCAUGGCGUUGCCUUGACCGCUUCAGUCUUCUUGAUGAAGAAGUCGAAGACGAACAUGGACAGGUAGCCUGUUGGCCGCUGCUUCAGCAUGUGCUUCGGCAACCAGUCACCACCACUGCUCAACUGAUAGAUGUUCUCGAUACAAUUACCAACACGAUCCACGGCUCUUCAGGCGCGGCGUGUGAUUUUGGAACACUCAUAGAGGCCGUAGAGCAUCAUAGAGACACUUUUUUCUCACGGCUAUGGCCCACUCUUGUGAGGCUCUCGCUCAAGCUGCCUGACCUCUUCCCGGGAGGAAGCAUUCCACCGCUGCGGCCGGGAGAUAGGUUGAGUCUCACAAGAGAUAUGGUUGGAAGCCUUGUGGCUCAUCAGUUUCUCUGCACUUUUCAAUCACCUCCAUGGCUCGAUGGAUAUCACGACUUUGGCAUUUGGUAUGGCUCUGAGCAACGACAUAUUCAGGCUGUUCAGAUGUAUCUUACGGCGCUGUUCUCAUAUUUCGAAGAAUUCAGCCUGGGAUCUACCCCACAAUCUGUUGAUGGCUUAGUGGAGUUCUCUUUACAUGCCUUCGAUGAAUCGGCGCUCCUCUUGCCAGGAGAUUGGCAACAUGUUCGGUUGGGGAAGCUGAACGUUGUUCACGUCAAGGCCUUCAGCACAGAGCAGCAGGAACUUGCGUAUCAGGGGAACGACCGCGCCGUAGUAGUCUCUGCGAACAAGGACAUUGGCUUCGGGCAAUCGGCAACCCAGGAAGAAGUCUUCAUGGGCAACUGUCCCGAAGCCUGUCCUGCGGUCCUCUUCACGCCAACGCUACAAAACGACCAGAUUCUGGCCAUCAAUGGAGCCCGCCCGAUGCUGAGGAUACUAGGUCAGCGCCGUGAGCUCUCAUGGGAAAAGCUGGCGCCGGAUAGGAGACGUGGAGGGAGAAUGCUGCUCAUGGACGCCCUGGAAGUCGACGAGGCGGAAGACUCCGCCGCACUCCUUCCCGAUCUGAAGCCCGGAAACAUGCAGCGCGAGAUGCGAAAGGCGUACACUGCGUUUUCCUCUUGGAAAGGCGGCGACGCCGACGCACCGGCGGUGUCGACGGGGCUUUGGGGCUGCGGCGCGUUCAAUGGGGAUCCUGGGACAAAGGUGCUUCUGCUGUGGAUGGCGGCUUCGUUGGCCGGUAAGGAGCUGCAUCUGCUUUGCGAUGAUUCGCAACGAGAGUUUGCGGACAAGUGUGAACGCUUUGUUGAGAGGGUAUCUUCUUCGGGUUGGAAUGUGGAGGACCUUGAGGGCUGUUUGAAGGGUGUUCCAGCGGGUGUUGGGCGUUGGCAGACGAUGGAUUGGUUGCUGGAGAAUGUGCAUGCUUGA